AUGGCUGAUGAACGAAGACAAAAUAUUCACGAAGUAUCGGCUGCAAUGGCUAAAACAGCUGUUGAAAGAAAGAGAAAGGUCGAAGAGCAAGAUGUUCAGCAAAUAGAACCAAAAACAACGCAAGUAGAUAGUCAUCACGUAGCAUCGCAUACAGAGACAAUAACGCAACUCAAAAUUAAAGCAGGUACUGAAGAACUUAAAGAGGACGAGACGCCACCACAGUCUGUAAAAUCCACCCAAUUAUCAUCAGCUUUAUUAAAGGAAAAUGCUGGAAACUGGCAAAAUGCAAUCAAUUCUCAAAUAACGUUACAUACAGAGCAUAAACCAGCGAUAAAUCAAGAACAAUUUGAUAAAAAACAUGGCUAUCGUCGGAACCGAUUUCCAAUCAUUGGUUGGCUUCCAUCAUAUGAUUGGCACGAAGAUUUACUCAGAGAUAUUUUGAAUGGUAUCAUGAUUUCGAUAAUUUACAUACCACAAGGUCUUGCCUAUGGCCUAAUGGUUGGUUUACCACCAAUUUAUGGAAUUUAUUCAGGUAUUGUAGGACCACUGGUUUACAUUUUAUUUGGCACAUCUCAUCAAGCAUCUACCGGGGCGUUUGCAAUUAUUUCAAUGAUGGUUGGAUCGGUAAUUGAGCAGUCGUCACUGCCAUUCACAUCCAUGCAAAAUGGUACAGAAAAUCUCUGUUGCUUAGAAAUGCCACAUAAACCAGACUUGGAAAAAGCUAUUCGAUUAUCAUCAUUAAUCACAUUCUUUGUAGGUGUGAUUCAAGUCAUUUUGGGUUUAUUAAAUGCGGGUUUGUUAGCUGUUUGGCUAUCAGAUCAGCUGGUGGAAGGAUUAACUUCUGGAGCAGCUGUGCAUGUUUUAGCAAGUCAGCUUGGAACAAUGACUGGCAUCAAAAAUGUACCCACUACAUCAGAUACGUUUGGAAUUGUUAGAUUUUCGAUUUGUUUUUUACGGAACAUUCACACAGUUGAAUAUCAUACCUUUGCUUGUACUAUUAUAUGUGUUUUUUGUUUGUUAGUAUCGAAAUUGAUCAUCGAUCCUAUUAUCAAGCCUUGGAUGAAAAUUAAAUUUCCUAUGGAAAUUUUUGUGGUAGUAUUUUCCAUCGUUUUGUCUUACUUUGCUACCAAUACACCAAUACAGUUUCGUUUGGAUAUUGUGGGAGAUAUUGAUGUUGGCAUGCCUUCACCAUCCUUACCGGACUUUAGUGAGAGUGGAAAUAUAGUAUUUUCUGCUUUUUCAAUCGCAAUCGUUUCAUUUGUCAUUCAUAUUGCACUCGCAAAAUUGAUCGCCAAAGAAUUUAAAUAUCAGAUUAAUGCUAAUCAGGAAUGGCUGGCAUUGGGUGCAAUGCAUAUUGUUGCAUCAUUCUUUGGUUGUUUUGCUGGUGGUUCAUCUUUAAGCCGUACGGUAACAAGCGCAAGGUUGGGAACUAAAUCGCAGCUAACAACUCUCGUAGUAGUAAUAAUUUUGUUGAUUGUUGCAUUUGGAGCUGCUCCUUUAUUUAAAUACUUACCUAAGACUGUGCUAUCAUGCAUUGUAGUAGUUGCAAUGAAAGAACUGUACAUGAAAAUUUGUUGGUCUCGAAUACUUUUCCAAGAAUCAAUUAUUGAUUUCUUUAUAUUUCUGAUUACAUUCUCAGCCGUUGUUUUAAUUAAUGUCAAUAUUGGACUUGCAAUUGGUGUCGUUUUCGCACUCCUUACUGUUGUACUACGAUCCCAAUGGGCAGAAAGUACGUGUAUGGGGCGUAUUCCGGGAACAGCAGACUUUAAGGGUAUUGGUCACUAUCGGACAGCAAUGGAAAUUCCUGGCAUAAAAGUAUUUAGAUUCGAUGCACCGCUAUAUUUUGCAAAUGCUGAAUUAUUUCUGUCAAGUAUUCACAGAUAUUUGCUUACUUCUAGCGCAACAGGUCUUAAUCCGUUACUUAUUGUGGCAAAAUUGAAGCAGACGGUUGAUCAGAAGAAGAAGACAAUUACUGAGAUGAGGAAAGGAAAUAAAGAAAAAAGCGAUGAAGAAAUUCAAUUAACAGUACGACGGCACUGUUUCCAUCCAUCACAUCAAAACUUGGAAAAUAAAGAAGAAAAUGAAGACUUGGUACAAUUAACGCAUAUUAUCAUUGACUGCUCAUCAUUUCCAUAUAUUGACUUAAUGGGUCUUGAUGCUUUAGCUCGAGCUCAUGCUGAAUAUCGAGCUAUUAAUAUUACUGUGUUUUUCGCUUGUUGCAAAGUGGCUGUACGACAAAUGUUUGAAAAUUCUCAUUUUUACGAGCAUGUACCAAAAAGUUAUAUGUUUGUAUCACUUCAAGAUGCCGUAGCGCAAGCACAAUAUGAACAAGAGCAGGAUAUUCGAUUUAAUCGCAGUCUUGAACAAAUUUCGAGCAAAAUUAUGGUAACUUUGCUAAAUUAUACAAACUAA